AUGGGCCAUGAUAUUUAUAAGCGCGCGAUUAUAGUAGCUUGCAAAGCUAAUGGUGUCAACACUACUACUCUAUCAGAGCAAGUUGGUCUUCAGAGCAAGGCCAUUGAAAAUGGCUUCGACCCAGAGUCACGUCCUUGGAAUAUUUCUGACGCUAUGCUAGCUGACGCCCCUCGCUCUGGGAGGCCGACAAAGCAGUCAUCAGAUGUCAAAAGCCAGGUGCUUUUGAAAGCGCAGCUUGGACAAGAAAAGUCCUGCGCUGAUAUUGCUGAAGAAUUGAGCCUUGAAGGACUUGAUAUCUCUUCGAGUACUGUUUGGCGGAUCCUGAAAGAUGCUGGAUUAUCAAACACGAGACCUACCCGGAAGCCUCCUUUAUCAAAAGCUGUUUCCACCAGCACCCGCCAGGAUGACCAGCCGGCAAAUCCAUCAAAAGCAUCCGAUUCAGGCUCCUCAUCGUGA